AUGUACGCCUGUGAGCCCAGCACCGGGAAGGCAGAGCCAGGGGCUCAGGGCCUGCUGUUAGCCGACCUGGCGGAGUCAGCGAAUUCUUGGUUCCGUAGUAAAACUUUUAUACCUUACGAUCAAAGUUUCACAUUACCAGUGUGCCGCAUGAAAUGCAGAGCAAAUGUCCCUUUAGAACUCGUACUGCACUUUGCUAUUGGACAAGGACCAGUUGAAUUUUCAGAAAUUGAGUACCCACGCAUCGAAUAUCAAAGAAGACAGCAAUUUUGGGACCCUGUCCGGUUGGCUCUUUUCACGUUGGCUAUAGUAGCAAUCAUAGGAAUUGCCAUUGGCAUUGUCACUCAUUUCGUCGUCGAGGAUGACAAAUCAUUCUAUUACCUUGCUUCUUUUAAAGUCACAAACAUCAAAUACAAGCAAAAUUAUGGCAUAAGAUCAUCCAGAGAGUUUACAGAAAGGAGCCAUCAGAUUGAGAGAAUGAUGUCUAGGAUUUUUCGCCGUUCUUCUGGAGGGGGGCGAUUUAUCAAAUCUCAUGUUAUCAAGAUAAGUCCAGAUGAGCAAGGUGUGAACGUCCUCAUGGUGCUCAUGUUCCGAUCGCCUUCCACGGACAGAACCGAGCGCCUCAGGAAAAGGAUCGAAAGAACUUUGUAUCAGACCCUGAAGAUUAAGCAGAUGCCUUUGACUAUAAGCAAACCAUCAUUUAGCCUCACACCAAUUGACAGCAAAAAGAUGAGAAAUCUCCUCAAUAGUCGCUGUGGGAUAAGGGUGACAUCUUCCAACAUGCCAUUGCCAGCAUCCUCCUCUACUGAAAGGAUUGUGCAAGGAAGGGAGACGGCUAUGGAAGGGGAGUGGCCGUGGCAAGCCAGCCUGCAGCUCAUAGGGGCUGGCCACCAGUGCGGAGCCACCCUCAUCAGCAACACGUGGCUGCUCACUGCGGCUCACUGCUUCAGGAAGAAUAAAGACCCAAGUCAAUGGAUUGCUACUUUUGGGACAACUAUAACACCACCUGCAGUGAAAAGAAACUUGGGGAAAAUCAUCGUCCAUGAAGAUUACCACCGAGAGACCAAUGAGAAUGACAUAGCUGUGGCCCAGCUCACUGCCCGAGUAGAGUUUUCAAAUAUAGUCCAGAGGGUCUGCCUUCCAGACUCCUCCAUGAAGCUGCCACCGCAAACAAGUGUCUUUGUCACAGGGUUUGGAUCAAUUGUGGAUGAUGGGCCCACACAGAACAAGCUCCGGCAAGCCAGAGUGGAGACCAUUGGCACUGAUGUGUGCAACAGAAAGGACGUGUACGACGGCCUGAUUACCCCAGGGAUGCUGUGCGCAGGAUUCAUGGAAGGAAAAGUAGAUGCGUGUAAGGGCGAUUCUGGAGGACCUCUGGUUUAUGACAAUCGGGACAUCUGGUACAUUGUGGGUAUAGUAAGUUGGGGACAGUCAUGUGCUCUUCCAAAAAAACCUGGGGUCUACACAAGAGUGACUAAAUACAGAGACUGGAUUGCCUCCAAGACUGGCAUCUAA